AUGCCUACAGUAUACGCUGCCCAUCCUGAAUACCACUACGACCGUGACUUUCGCGGCUACGGCGAGCAAGGUCUCCAAGGCCUCAAUUGGCCCAACGAUGCCAAAAUAGCGGUUUCCUUCGUGAUAAACUAUGAAGAAGUACUCCGAUGUUCCCUCCUUAAGAGCACCUUCCUCUGGUCUCAAGACUAACAUGUCUUCUUCAGGGUGGCGAACGCUCCAUCAUGUCCGGCGACGGCGAGUCCGAAUCCAACCUCGUCGAGAACCCCGGCCGCCCUCCGCGAGUAAACGAACGCAACGCCAACGUAGAAUCAGAAUACGAAUAUGGCUCCCGAGCCGGCUUCUGGCGUCUUUUCCGUCUCUUCGACAAACAUAACAUGCAUUUCACGCUCUAUGCUGUAGCGCAAGCAGUCGAAGAGAAUCCCGAGGUAGUGAGCAGAUGUGUCGACAAAGGGCAUGACAUUGCGUCUCAUGCUUACAGGUGGAUUGAUUAUCAGGGGAUGAGUAUAGAGAAAGAGACGGAACUCGUGAGAAAAGCGAUUGAGAGUCUGAAGAAGUUAGCGGGAUAUGCGCCGAAAGGAUGGUAUUAUGGACGGGGAUCGCCGCAGAGUCGGACGUUGGUGCCAAGGGUUUAUGAGGAGAUGGGAGAGGAGUUGGUUUGGAUGUCGGAUACUUAUGCGGAUGAUGUGAGUUUGCUGGUGAUGCUGUAGUCAAUGAUUGUUACUGAUAGUCUUCCACAGGUUCCGUACUGGACUGACAGAGCGGACGAAAAAGACAAGCCAGACCCGAAAGGACUUCUCAUGGUGUAGGUGACGAUUUGAUUCUCUUUUGAGCCUGCGGCUGACAAGUAUGCAGCCCAUACUCGUACGACUGUAAUGAUUUCAAGUUCCACACAGCCGGCUCUGGUUUCCGCGAUCCAAAUGGCUUCUACACCCAUAUGAAGAAUGCUUUUGACGUGCUGUACGAGGAGGGCGAAGAGGGCAGUCCUAAGAUGAUGACGAUCGGCCUGCAUUGCCGCAUCGUGGGUCGUCCCGGACGAUGCAAGGCCCUCAAGGAUUUCGUGGAGUAUAUCAGCCAGAAGGAAGGCGUUUGGGUGGCAACUCGGACCGAAAUUGCAAAUGCUUUCGCAGAGCAAUUUCCGUAUCAGAAAGGAGAGCUGGCUAAAGCUAAGAGCGUCUAG